GCCGCUCCGUCCACACACCCAUCGCAUCGUCGUCUCAUCUAUCUCCACCUCUGGCACGACUCAGUGCGCCAUGUCCGCGCCUGAGCAGCAGCCGGCCGAGGCGUCGGCGGCGUCGGCGUCGUCGGAUGCUGCGGCCGCUGCGGCUGCCGAGGCGGCGGCCGCGUCAACGUGGAGCAGCGGCGGCAGCAUUGCGCCCGGCUCGACGCCCCUCGCGUCGCCCGACGAGAAGCAGCGCAACAUGGCCGGCAUGUACCCGCAGCUCGAGGGCAUGCUGCGCGGCGCCGCGCUGUGAGUGGGCCGCGAAUGACUGGCGAGAGACGCUGCUCACGGGGUGCGGCACGGCAGCAUGCAUGAGAACUUCAGCAGCUCAGAGGAGAGCGAGAGUGACUCGGAGAGCG